AUGUUGAAAUUCGUGUAUGGGGUAUGGCAAUUUGUUACGACCCCUCAGGUAUUAAUCCAUGAUGAAGGUUAUUUCAUAUUCAAAUUUGAAUCUGAUGAGGAUAGAGAUGCAGUACUUCAUAAUGGACCAUAUACCUUCAAUAACAGACCAAUGAUCUUGAAGAAAUGGGAUCCAGAUUUCCAAAUGAGCAAGGAGAAUACAAAGAAUAUCCCAGUAUGGGUUAAUUUUCCUGAGUUGCCUAUAAAAUACUGGACAGUGGAGAAUUUAGGAAGAAUUGCAAGCUCAAUUGGGAAUCCUAUCUGCACUGACAAAUUGACAGCUCAAGAAGCAAGGAUAUCUUAUGCCCGCAUGCUGAUUGAAAUGGAUGUGUCUCAACCUUUACCUGAGACAAUAUUGAUAGAAAUGGCUGAAGGAAAAAAUAGGGAACAAAGACUAAGUUAUGACUGGCAGCCUACUUUUUGCCAAGAUUGCUUAGUGAUUGGUCAUGGGACAGGGGAAUGUAGAGCUCCAGCAGAGGUGAUGAAGCAGCCUAGCCCUAUACCUAAAGGUCAGAGAGAAAUCCAGCAAAAAAGGGGAGGGAAACCACAGACUAAAUGGAUUGCCAAACCAAAACCUACUGUGGAAGUACAAGGAAAAGAAGUGAACAAAGAACAAGUGACUACUACAAUACAAGAAGUAGUUACUUCAAGAAGUGAGAAUAAAGAAAAAGAAGAAUUCCAGGUAGUCAAAUCAAAAGGGAAACAAGUGCAGAGUCCAAAAGUGAAAACAUCAAUCAAGGGUAUGUCUGAUGAGGCCAUUGAAAGUUUCCUACAUCAGAACAGAUUUAAGGCUCUAAGAAUUCAAGAAGGGGAGGAUGUUAGCCAAACAUCUAAGGAAGGAAGAGUACCCCUUGCCCAUACCCCAUGA